CCGUUGCCGAGGAAAUUGUGCAACCGCUGCGCGAGAAUUAGGUGAAAACCGGAGGCAGGGGGAAGGCGGACCCCGUGGUGGGCACGGGAAGGACGGGGAGCCGGCAAAGCCCGUUGUACACGCUUUGGCCGAUUUAUUAAAGUAGUAUUUUUCACUGAGAGUUACACAGGAUGGUGGGCAAAGUCGCCAGGAACAGCUCCGUCCUGGAAUGAGAAAUUGAUGCGAAAAGAAUACAAGAUGUAUCACUUUGGAUAUUGGGGUACUUAGCGCGGGCUGGUUCGAGUCGCUCUUUCCUCCAGUACAUCUUCACUCCUGGCCCUGUGUCUCAGCGCUUCACACCCGCCUGCAAACCGUAACAAGCUGUUAAACGAAGUACUUUCUCUUGUCUGGAAAGGAAUUACAUUGUAUGCAUAAUCUUUGAACAUAUCGAUUUGGAUGUUAAACGAAUAUUGCGAAGACUAUCUUUCUCUUUAGGAAAACGAAGUGCGAAAUCCUGCUGAGUUUGGACUGGAAUGAAUUAUCAUAAUAUAAGCACCUGGAAAUUGUUUCUAUCAAAUUUUUAAAUAGUGUCUUUUUGAAGUUUUGGUCGGGAUUUUCUGGAUGUAUGUGUGUGUGUUUGAGAGAGGCGUGUUUCGAUUAAUUAGUACAUGGUCAUUGGGCUUUCGUUACGAAGUUGGUUUAACUAUGACGGUGAUGUGACUGCAAUUUGAUGGGAGUGAGAAGAGGAAAAAACGAACUGUGUUGGGUCUCAGCAUCUCGAGAAGUGGAGAAAAUUAGUGUCAAUAAAAAAACUAACUCCGCACUCCGAGGGGGGAAAAUGCCAGUGAGUAAACAAGACACCCAACGAGCUUUACUGCUUCUUGAGGACUACUGCUCAAAACUGAAGAAACCAGAGGAAAAGCAACUGAAGAAUGCAGUUGAAAAAGUUAUAAAUAUCUUUAAAAGUGGCCUAUUUCAAGCACUACUAGAUAUCCAAGAGUUCUAUGAGGUAACAUUACUCAAUGCCCACACCAGUUUUGAACAGAAGACUGCUGAAGUUAAUCAAGUAGUAGAACAAUGGAAAGAAACAAAUUCACCUUUGGCAAAUACCCAAAAGAAAACUUCAGAGCCAGUUGGGACAGAACAAGACACAAUACUGUCAAGAGAGGAGGAAGAAGCUGAUGAACCAGAAGGAGAACCGCAAACAAAAUUGCAUGAACAAUGGGAACGUUUUGAGAAAUAUCAUUAUGAAGAUGAGGAUUCGUUGCCAAAUGAUUUUAGCUUACCACAUCUAACCAAUGAUGUCAAAGGUCCCGAGCUUGUUCAUGUUUCUGAGAAGAAUUUAUCGCAGAUUGAAAACAUCCUUGGAUAUGUAUCACAUUCUCAUAUUUCUCCAUUAAAGGUUAAUCCCUGUGAUGUACAAGCCCAGCUGCUUGACUUGACUGACAUGGAAGAACAGCAAUAUGAUCAGGAGUUUGAAGAUGCUGUGAACUUUAAAGAAGGCACUGAAUCCCUCCAGGCAAGCCCCAUUCCUAUUAUUGUCAAUACAGAAGCACUGGAUUCCGUCCCCUAUGUCAAUGGAACAGAAAUAGAAUAUGAAUUUGAAGAAAUCACAUUGGAACGAGGUAAUUCUGGCCUGGGAUUCAGUAUUGCAGGAGGCACAGAUAAUCCUCACAUUGGAGAUGACCCUGGGAUAUUUAUUACUAAAAUUAUACCCAGUGGAGCAGCAGCUCAGGAUGGACGGCUCAGAGUCAAUGACUGCAUUCUGCGGGUAAACGAAAUUGACGUCUCUGAAGUAUCUCACUGUAGAGCUGUAGAGGCAUUGAAAGAUGCUGGCUCAAUUGUACGACUGUAUGUGCGCAGGAGGCGGCCUGUUUUGGAAACUAUCGCAGAAAUAAAACUUAUAAAAGGACCAAAAGGAUUAGGAUUUAGUAUUGCUGGUGGCGUGGGUAACCAGCACAUCCCCGGUGAUAACAGUAUAUAUGUCACAAAAGUAAUUGAUGGAGGAGCUGCACAGAGAGAUGGAACAUUGCAAAUUGGUGACCGGCUUCUUAUGGUGAAUAACUACAGUUUGGAAGAGAUAGCACAUGAAGAGGCUGUAACAAUACUGAAAAAUACAUCCGAUGUGGUCUACCUUAAAGUUGGAAAACCCACUACUGCUUACAUAAGUGACCCUUAUGGACCUCCUGAUAUCACACACUGCUAUUCUCCUCCAAUAGAGGAUCACAUCUUUUCCUCGUCUGUGAAUAAUGAUACAUUGGAUCACAAGACAUCACUGCCACAAAUCACAUCAGGAAGAUAUUCUCCUCUUCCAAACUAUAUGCUUGAAGAAGAAGAAGAAGAAGAAGAAGAUGAAGAGGAAGAAGAAGAAGAAGUAGACAUCAGCAGGGAGCCCAGAAAAUUUGUGUUGCACAGAGGAUCCUGUGGAUUAGGCUUUAACAUCGUUGGGGGUGAAGAUGGUGAAGGGAUAUUUAUCUCAUUCAUCCUGACAGGUGGACCUGCAGACCUUAGUGGAGAGCUGCAAAGAGGUGACCAAAUUCUAUCAGUAAAUGGCAGAGAUCUUCGUGUUGCAACACAUGAACAGGCUGCAGCAGCUCUUAAAGGAGCCGGCCAGGUUGUGAAUAUGAUUGUUCAGUACAAGCCUGAAGAGUACAGCCGGUUUGAGGCAAAAAUCCAUGACUUGCGGGAACAGAUGCUAAAUCACAGUAUGAGUUCAGGGUCUGGCUCCCUAAGAACCAACCAGAAACGCUCACUAUAUGUAAGAGCUCUAUUUGACUAUGACAGAACCAAGGACAGUGGUCUUCCAAGUCAAGGUCUUAGCUUCAAAUACGGAGAGAUUUUGCAUGUUAUCAACGCUUCUGAUGAUGAAUGGUGGCAGGCACGAAGAGUUACACCGGAAGGAGACAGUGAAGAGAUGGGUGUCAUACCAAGCAAAAAAAGAGUUGAUAGAAAAGAACGAUCUAGACUUAAAACCGUGAAAUUCAAUGCCAACCCUGGAGUGAUUGAUUCCAAAGCGUCAUUCAAUGACAAGCGUAAAAAGAACCUCAUCUUUUCACGAAAAUUCCCAUUCUACAAGAACAAGGACAACAGUGAGCAGGAUACCAGUGAUCCAGAACAACAUGUUACUUCAAAUGCCAGUGAUAGUGAAAGCAGCUACAGGGGACCAGAAGACUGCAUUCUUUCAUAUGAACCAGUCAUACAGCAAGAGAUUAAUUACAGUAGACCUGUCAUUAUUCUGGGUCCAAUGAAAGAUCGGGUUAACGAUGAUCUGAUAUCAGAGUUCCCAGACAAAUUUGGCUCAUGUGUACCACACACUACAAGACCAAAACGUGAUUAUGAAAUGGAUGGAAGAGACUAUCACUUCGUUACUUGUAGAGAUCAGAUGGAAAAGGAUAUCCAAGAACACAAAUUUAUUGAAGCAGGACAAUACAAUGAUAAUCUAUAUGGAACUAGUGUCCAAUCUGUAAAAUAUGUGGCUGAAAGAGGCAAACAUUGCAUACUUGAUGUUUCAGGAAAUGCCAUAAAACGUUUACAAAUUGCUCAACUUUAUCCCAUUGCUAUUUUCAUCAAGCCCACAUCUGUGGAUUCAUUACUGGAAAUGAAUAAACGCCUGACAGAAGAGCAAGGCAAAAAGACAUUUGAAAGAGCUUUAAAACUAGAACAGGAAUUUGGAGAACAUUUUACAGCAAUAGUACAAGGAGAAAAUUUGGAAGAAAUUUACGAUCAAUGCAAACUAGCUAUUGAGGAAUAUUCAGGCCCAUUUAUUUGGGUUCCAUCCAAGGAGAAAUUGUGAAUCAGCCACAGAUGUGAAGCUGAUGAAAACACCUGUUCAGAUUUUGACAUUUUAUUUAAUUUUAAUUACAUUUUCAUCUCAAUCCGUGUGCAUAAUCAUGAAUGCAUUUUUGAGUUAGAAACUCAACAGGAUGUUUCUGCGAAGUUAGGAACUGCAUUAACAGGUGGAAGUGGUGUGGAUGGGGGAAAGAGCAUGCAAAAAGCAGGCAAGUCAAGGUUUGGCAAAAAGCAUGGGACUCUAAGAAAUCAUGGAUGAUCCUACAGCAUUAGCAUAUCCAAGCCAUAAGUGUAUUAAAUUCUUGCAUAGGAGGUUUCACUCUUAUUGUAAUUAAAUAGGCAAAGCAGGGACUCUUGUACUUAGUUUUAUUCUCUGACAGCUUUACAACAUACACGAGCCUCUGUGCACUUAUGAUUGCUAUGCUGCGAUUUUGUAACUAUGCAGAUAGAAUUCAUCACAUCAUUUUAUAAAAACACUUUUUUGCCAAGAUGGAACCUAAUAAAGAUGAAUUUGCAUCUUUAAAAUCCAAAUUAAAAGUAUGCUCGGAUUUAACACAUUUUAGAAUGUGUCUCAUUUGGCGGCUGGUUAAAAUCAAAGGAAGCUUCAGAAAUUACAAUAUACAUUUUAAUAUUUUUAUUCAAUAGUUAUUGAAAUAAUUUAUAGUAAAGAAUAUAUAUUGCUGUAAAUUGAAUAUAUUUCAUGACAAAUCCAGCAUUGACUGGCGGUAUAAUUAUGUAGAAAUAUAGGAUGGAGAGCAAUUGAUGAUUAGUUUUAUGGAGUGGGGUCUAUAUGAAAAACAACUGAUUUGUGAAUAACAGUAAAUUCACUGCCAUCUCCAAGUGUUGCCAGUGAAAAUUCACUUUUUUUCUUUCCCUUGCGUAUUAAGCAUGCAGCUUGGAAUUUUAUCCUCUAAUUAGUCAAUGUUAAGUUGUGUGCUCUGCAUUAUAAUAACUGUGGCUAAGUACAAUCAAAGAAAGGUCAGUGAGAUUUCCUACAUAGCCAUAGCUAUGUUUUAUUAUUUUUAGUUUAAUCCAAUUUAUUAUUUUGUACUUGGUUCAGUGCUUUAUGGCUGUUUAUACUUAGAAGCUGCUAUUGCAAUUUUUCAAAAUUUACCCCUUUUCUUUUUUGUUAAGCUAGAAUUUCAUUUUCUGUACUGAGUGAAUUGUACUGUACAGACUGAUGUAUUUAAAGUGCACUGUUUGAUUAUGCUUGUCUUGUACUGGUUUGAUCAUGAUUAAAUACAGUUUUAGCCUAUAGUACAAAUUUAAAAUACUCCAUUCCCAUUACAGGUGCAAUAAGCAGAGAAUUUUAAACUCUGAAUAUUCUUGUGUGUUUUACUAUCUCCCUUUAUUUGACCUUUAGUGUGCACUCAAGCAUUCUCAGGAUGGUUACUGGGAGAAUAUGGGUGGGAUGGUUUGGGGGCUAGGAAGGGUAAUUGGGUAUUAAUUGGGUAUGGAAUAAACAAACUGACCCAUCAGUGAAGCCAUCAAUUCAAUUUGACCAGCUACUUGCAGAAAAUUAUUUAAUUAUUUGCCCAUUAUGUUAGAAUUCUCAGGAGUUAAGCUUACAGCAUUUGGUUACUACGGAUUUUGACUUUACGCUCCCAUGGAGUACCAACUAUAUAUGUGAAGCAUAUUACCCUAAAAUCCUCAAAGCUACAAAUUUACUCCCUCUGUAGUUUAUUUUUAUUUUUAGAUCUAAUAUAGUUUUCUCUCAUUGCUAAGAAUUUGCAAAAUAGCUUGUAUAUUUGACCUUCAUCUCUUAGACUAUAUGGAAUGACCAAGAUGCCAUUGUCCCCUUUUGUGAUCUUAAAUGAAUUUAUUUAAGGAGGGAAGAGUGUUCUUGAAGAAUGGGUUUGAUUGUAGUGGAUAUCUCCUAGAUCCUAUAUAUUUUUACAAAGAGUAAAAUUGUAUGCCUCUACAUUUUUUAAAGCCCAAAUGAAAGUACUCCAAAUAUUCCAUUGUGUCAAGAUCUGGGAACAUGAAAGGAUUUAAACCCUUUGGUCUUAUCAUAAUUAAAUACAGAAAAUAACCAGAGGAAUUUAAUGUUUUUGCACAUAUUGUAAUUUCAUGUUCAAAAAUAAUACAACCAGAAGUUUAACGAGAGGGACAGUCUUUGUUUCAAAACUUGCAGACUUCUUUCGGAAGCUACAUCUCCUUAUGUAGUUGGAUGAAACUGAAGACGAUGUUCCACUGCUGGAUCAUGCUUAUAGUUGCCUGUAUAGAGGAUACUACAAUAUGGAUUAACUACCUACUGAUUGCACAUAUCAAUUCCAUCCAUUCCAUUUGUGUAAAGGAAUAAAAAAUUUAGUUGUAUAUUUAACAAUAUAAAUAAGUAUUCAUGCUUGUUUAUAACUUUGAAAAUUAAAUUACCGUUUAUUGCACAAACACAUAAUCUUGUACAAACUGCAAUUUCUUGUGUUCCGUGUUUUUAAAAUUGCAUAUUGGCUGCACUAUUUCACAAUGAACCUGCAAAAUCUUAGUUCAAUAAAGCCACUUCUCCGCACCCUGUUAAAUGCAUAUUCAGUUCUGAUGGCUGCAGUGUGGUACUACUUGCUGUCUGCCUGCCUUUCCUAUUAUAAGUGUGUCAGAAGGGGAUUCACUUAAUAAUCUGAAGAUUCCCUGGAUGAAUUUUAUGGAGAAAAUUGUUUAAAUUUAUUUGAAAACUGUGUCACAAUAUAUUGGUUCUUUCUUUGAAUUUCAUCACCACCAAUAAUUGUUUUCUGAUGCACAUGUUUGUUAGAGAAUAAAAUCCAAAGCUCUUAAAUAACUCAGGUUGAUACAAAAUAGCCUAAAGAUAACACUCACUGUUACUAAUGGAAUAGAAACAUUAGCAUUCCAGAAAUAAACUUAAAAUUCUUCCAGCCAAAUCAAAAACAAAGUACUGCAGAAAUAUAUUUAAUACAAAUGUAAUGCUAGUGGAUUUUAAACUAUUCAUUAAUAGCUCUCAUGGUUGUCCAUCAAAAAGAAGGUUCAUGCUAAUUAAAUCAUUCAGAUUUAUUUCAAACAAUAUUAUUUUACCUUAUUUCAACAUAAAUAAUAUUGAAUCUUUCAGCAUGGCUUACAUAAAAAUUGUUUCUGCAUAAUCCUCAAUAAUAAGGUGCAAUAUAUUCAAUGCAACAUUAUCUCAUGGUUUAGCCACUACCAAUGUUGAAACGAAAAUUGAUUUAAAAAUUUGUCAUUCAUGUCUCUCAAAGAUUUGUGCAAUUUGUGUGAAAGUUUGAGUAUGAAUGACACAAUGUACUGUUUGUGGUACUGUAA